AUGGACAAAAACACUGAUCUUUCUUCUCUCAUCAAGAGUCUGAUCCAACACUUCGGAUCACCGGAAAGCGCAGCCAAACAUCUCUCUGCUCUCCCUCAGAUGGCCGAAUCAACCGACAAACCCUCGUCUUCUCAAACACCGGCGGAAGUCCCAGGAGAAACCUUUCCUCCGGCUCCUUCUCCAAAAGGUUCUCCGAAGAGAAGCACCACGGAGUCGUCUGUUGGGACUGAUGUUGCUCCUGUCUCGCUGCAAAUGGUGGAAACUCCCAUCAAUUCUGAGCCGAUCUCCACUGUUCCUCCUCUUGAGAUCUUCCAUUCAAAAAUGGCGCCUUGUCCUGGUUCCUCUGUUAAGGUUGAUGAAGAACUCACGAAGGAGGAAUCAGCGCAUGCUUCUCAUGAUACCUCUUUGGAGAGAAUUGGGGAAAUUGCCAAAGAGGCCCUGCUUGAUCUUGCCUCACAACCUGGCUCAGAUGUUGAUAAAGCUUCUGUUGUUGCUGAAGAAGAAUGUGCUGCUGGUGAUAAAUUCACAUCCAUGGAUGUUGAUGACCCUGAAAAGAUUCCUGAUGUUGAUCCAGAAGAAAGCACAGAUGUUAUUGAUGUUGACACCUUUGUCCCUGACAAGAAAAGCCAGAAACGUAAAGCUGGGGUGGCCUCUCUCAGGCGUUCCUCAAGGUCAAAAUCCACAUGGCCUCCACAUCUCAAGCCAAAGGUUGAACAUUCUCUCACCUCAAAGAGCGGAAAGGUAUCUUCUGCCUCUCACACUACCUCCCCUCGCAUCAGCUGCUCUGGAAGCUCCUCUGAAUCAGAGGUUGAGGUUAGUAAGUCAUACUCCACUCGUUUUUACACUCGUGAAGCAAAGAAUGCUCUCAAAGUGUUGGCUGCUAGGAAGUUUCAUAAUGAUAGACGUGCGGAUGAGGAUUUCUUUUCAAAGUAUAAGCUUGAUAUCCUUUUGCAAGAUAGGAGUAUGUGGGGUACGAUUGUCAAUGUUUUUCCCUAUGAUGCUGAGAUUGUUAGAGAGUUCUAUGUUAAUCUGAUGGCAGAGGCUUUUGACCCAAAAUCUGUUAAGUAUGGGAAAGUGUUUGUUAGGGGUAAGGUCUUUGAUUUCUCCCCAUCUGCCAUUAACAAAGCAUGCUACACUGCGAAUACUAACACUGAUGAUGUUGAGGUUGAUGAUGAUGAGAUGACUAGGGAGUUGACUGGAGGGAAACUUAAGGCAUGGACCUCGAAGUUUGCUGCAUCCACUUUGUCUUGGAAAUAUUCUGUACUUCACAAGAUUGCAGUUUACAACUGGCUUCCAAGCAAAAACACUACUGCUAUAACCAAGGAACAAGCUGAAUUUAUCUUUAAAGUUGGUAAGCCAUUGGCUUUCACCUUUGGUGAGCAAGUGUUUGCUAACAUCUCUCGUGCAGCCUUUAAGUCCACAGGUGGAAGUAUGCUUCCUUUUCCAAGCCUCAUCUACAAUCUCUUGGUUAAGCAAGAACUCCAGGAGAGAGAGGAAGUUGUGCUUGUUGAAGAGAAGAAUCUGCUUGAGUUUUUAAAAACCCUCCUCACUCCUGAUCGUGUCAAAGAUCUCCCCUACAAACCUCCACGUGUUGGUCCUCCUUUGUCUCCUCAGUCUGAUGAUGAUGCUGACUCUACUGAAGCUGAGAUCGACAAGUAUGGUGAAGAUGAAAAUGUUGAUCGUGCGACUGCUCCUGAUGUUGCACUUGAUGUUUCCAAUAUCAUUUCUGUCAAAGCCAAUCUCACUAAAGAAACAUCCACAUCUCGUAAAGGCAAGGAACCAGCUGGAGAUUCUGAAGUUGAGAUUGAUCUUGACGUUGCAGAGCUCAUCAAGUCCAGAGAGGAUCUUCUCAAGCUCAAAAGACAAGUGCAGUUGAUGGUGGAUCCGACGAUCAAGAUGGGACAGGACAUGCUUGCAUGGGUCGACUGUUGUGAACAAGUCUUCGCCAAACUCCUACCUUUUCCUUCUUCAAAAAAAAAGGGGGAGUAG